AUGAUGCCUACAUAUUACAAUUAAAGCAUUGCGUUACUAUUCAAUUUUAAGUAGUUUCCUUGUCAUUUUCUGUAUCCUUUCUUCAAUAAUAAAGUUGAAUAAAAGUUAGAUGUAAAGCAAGAGGAAGGAGAGCAAUCAUAAGGAAAAAUUGAAGAUGAAUGCGAUAAUUAAUUAAAAUUAGAAAAAAAGGAACAGAAAAAUAAGGAGAAUGAUACUGAUUAUAACAAAAAAAUUCAUAUUUUCCCAGGCUAGACCAAGAAUUAUUACAAAAAUAUGGGUUAAAAGAUCUUAAAAUUCAUCGUUGAAUAAUUUUAAGAUGAUGCGAAAGUAAUGAGUGAUAGCUAUAUAAAAUAAUUUAUGAAGAUCUCAAGUCAAGGAUUUAAUCGGAAUGCCCUAUUGAAACUUAAAAAAUCUAGAAUAGCUAGAAAAAUAAUUAAAUUGUUCUUUGGUAAUUAUAAAUGGGUAAAGCCCUUUAUCUCUUAGCAUAAAGCAGAGCUCGAUUUAUAUUUCAGGUACAAUACUUAAGUGUAUUGUCCUUAAAAGAAAUAAAAAAUUUUAGAAAAAUCAAUAAAUCACUAAAUCAAACAAGAAGAAUGA